ACAUGAACCAGUGAAUCGGGGAUUGUGAAUAAUUAGAAGUAUAUAUUAGUAGUGGACAAAGAUGUCCCAGUCCCCCUCAUCAAUAUCUCCCAUCAUAUGUAAUGUUUAGGAGCAGGCAAGGAAAAUCUAUUCAGUAUGGCAGCCCCUAACUGUCCCCCCUCUCGAGACUAACCAAAGCAUCCACCAAAGUAUGUGAGCGUCCACCAAUGUCCCUCUGCAAGGAGAGGAGGAUUUGGGGGAGGUAGCAGGAAAAUAUGGAAAUGUAGAGGGAUGGACAUCUUUCUGCAAUCAGCAGGCUUUUGUUUUUUACAAUUGGAGAAAUAACUUUCAGUAUACUUCAAGUUAUAGGAGAAGGGUGGAAACUUGGAAGCUCUCUCUUUCUCCCUCAAUUUCCUUCUCUGCUCUCUCUCUCUCUCUCUCUCUCUCUUGCACUCCCUCUCCCCUUUUCUGCUGUUAGAUUCCCAGUACCAUUCAGUCCAGAGGAGACACCAGCCAGACAUACAAUCUCAUUCUGAAGGAAAGAUGAGGCACCACUUGAUUCUUCACCUGUCAUGCGUGAGUCUGGUUAUGCUCUGGGGCCAUGGCUGUGCCAGGCAUGUGCCAAUGGUCUACAGCAUUUCCAUGGAUGGCAGUGGUGACGUAGGGGAGACAGAUCUUAUAUUCCCCGUUGAUAGCCCCCACCACCCUGUCUCCCCCACAGUCGAUGUGUCCCCCACCGUCGGUGUCGGCCCCGUUGAUGUCUCCCCUGUCUCCCCCACCACUACCCUAGCCCCCACCCUGGUCAGCACCAUCACCAACACCAUCACCACCACCAUGAUCCGCCUCAAGGACUUUAUGGUCACCCGGGUGGUGGACUUCCUCCAAGAUAAUAUGCUGAUCAUCAUCGUGGUCACCUCCCUCCUCAUUGUCAUGAUCUUUAUCAUCUGCUGUGCCGCUACCAUGAGCCAAAAGCGCAAGUUGGAGGCCUACAAACCUCCUGCCAACUCACCCAGCAAGUAUAUGGACCACACGGUGGAAGGAGUCAAAUCCUCCAGUGAGGUCCAGAGUAGGGUGUGUGGUGGGCCUGACUCAGCCAGGAGGGUCCAGAUCCAGGGAACCUCCAAAAAUCUGCGCACCCCUUCUGCUGCGCUGGUGGGGGAAAAGGUGGGCAAGGAGCCCAAACCGAAGGAGGUCCAGAAAGUGAACGAUGUAGAGGAGAAGGAGACGCGGAGGGUGGAGCCUAAGCACAAAGGGCAGAAGGCUGAGGAGGUGCAGCAAUGCUCCAGCACCAGCCAGCCUAUGGUCUGCACCUGCCACCUGAGGAAGGCCAACCACUAAGUAUAGGUUGGGGCUCCAACCAUGUAAACUAGCAAAAAAAAGGAGAGAGAAACCUUUUCUUGUGCGGAGGCAACUCCCUGGGUACGUCUGCUGCUGUGUGCCAAACUUGUAUGUGGAAUCUGACCUUGUGGAUACAGCAUACUAUUAGGCCUUAAAAACAUAAGGAAUUUCAGCCCUGACUGUCCUUUUUGAUAUAUCUGAUAAAUUAUUCCUCCUAUACUUUCCUUGUUGUAGAAAACAGUCAUUGUGAAAUAUGAGAUUUGUUCAUCAAUUGAUAGCUUUCAAAGCGACAUGUCAAAACAUAUACCAAGACAGUGUGUUUAGGAUGUUUGCAUGUUAUUACUGUUGGGAAAUUGUACUGCUCAGUUAAGCUUAACUAAAAAGAUGUAGAUCACACAGAAAAAAAGAAAGUUAUCUUCUGUGAACGAGAGAAAGCCAAGCUUAUUUCUGUUUGCUAACUCUAUGUCGAUAACCUGGCCAGUUGAUUUCAACACAGUAAAUGAUUGAUGUGAGAAAAUGUAUUUUCUUUUAGCAAUGGACUCCUCUUUUUUUCUCCUACUUCAUUAGAAAUGUUACAAUUAUAUACAUGUCAAAUGGGUGCUUUGUGGAUUAAUAUUGAAGAGAAUUUGCUCAUGCUAUAUGGAUAGACUGUAGAGCUGCUUUUUUUGUAUUACAUUAUCUAUUUUUUCCGAACAUCAAAAUAACUGAUUUGCAGGUGCGAGUAUGUGGUUAAAGGUCAGUGCAAGUUAUUAAAAAUGAACUUACAUUACUCAAGUAAAUUAAAAUCCCCAAAUUCUCCUGAGUCCCUUUAAGGAUGGUUUUACAGUGACCCUCAGUUCUGCUGUACAUUAUGGUAAUUUUGUUUGCGUAAUGGAUCUUAUUUUAUUUUUGUCCAGCUUCAAUAGAGAUUUUGUUGAUAUAUUUGUUUUUCUGGAAAUUGUAAGUGUAAAAGACAGGCAGUGAGUGUGAGAUUUCACCAUGUUCAUUAAGUGUUUGAAAAACAUACACAGAACAAAAAUCUAAACGCAACCUCUAAAGUGUUGGUCCCAUGUUUCAUGAGCUGAAAUAAAAAAUCCUUGAAAUAUUC